CACACAAAUCCUAGCAGCAUCUAGUCCCGCCCUUCCGUUAUGACUAUUUGUCCUAACGCGUUCGCUGAAGGCUGAUUGGAUGACAGGAGCGGUCUGUCAAUGUGGCUGGUUGAGCAGGAGAGUAGGCUGCAGAGUUACUGACCUACUAACACAUAUCUUUCUAGUGCAGCCAGACAGAAGCCGGGAGAGCGACGGAAGGUUCUAAAUUAGGAAAAACAGGCGAGGAUCUUGCAGUUACAGUCCGACCCCCCACCGCUGCAACUUCUCCAUGGCUGGAUAUCAGGCACUGUGUCUAAUACCUUCUACAAUUAAGGAUUUGUCUUGUUGAAAUUGUUUCACUUAGAUUAUAGAAAUGGAAAUGUGAGUUUGGUAACAGAUGCUGGAUCUCAGCAUACUAAGUGAAACAGAAUGAGAGUGGAUGAACACUGGCUUCAUUAUACAGGUUGCUGUCAUCUGAAAACAAUUACUAACUAAGUACCAUUUAAAGAACAUCUGUCAGUUAUAAAAAACUUUUUUGAAUCAACAGAAAUGCAGACUUUAAAGAAAGAACAGUUGCCAAGCGGAAAACCAUGUUUAGAUGGUCAAAAGGUGGUUUUACUUGCUCCAGAUUUUCAAGAUGUCUCAGAAACACAGGAUGAAAAUUUGUUCACCCCAGAGUUAAGCAGCUCAAAAUCCAAAAAUGCAAACUGCAGGAGAAAGCGAGAAUUCAUACCGGAUGAAAAGAAGGAUGCAGUUUACUGGGAAAAAAGAAGGAAAAAUAAUGAAGCAGCUAAAAGAUCUCGGGAGAAACGCCGACUAAAUGACAUGGUAUUAGAAAACAAAUUAGUUGCAUUAGGUGAAGAGAAUACUACAUUGAAAACAGAACUGCUUUCGUUAAAACUUAAGUUUGGCCUUAUAAGCUCUACAGCUUAUGCACAAGAGGUACAGAAAUUAAGUAAUGCUUCUGCUUUGUACUUUCAGGAUUUUCCUGCCUCCUGUACAAACAUAAACUCAUUUUCUCUUGAUCCGGACCAGUCUGCAGUAGGCAACAGUUGUAUAUCCGUCAUUAAGCACUCACCACGGAGUUCUUUAUCUGACGCGUCAGAUGUGUCAUCUAAUUCUGCGGAGAGCCCUUUCCAAGCAAAUUGCAGCACUGUUGAAAAUAAUUUCAAAUUUAUAAAAGAAGAACCUAUUGAAAUUAUAAACUAUGCAAAAGGGUCACAGGAAGACACUAGUCAUUUUGUGGCAGGUGUGUUUAAAAACUACAUUGGGAACUCCUUUAGCACUUUUACCCAUUCUCCUCCCACAUUACAAAUGAACAGAUCUUCAAGUAAUUCCCCCAGGACUUCUGAAACCGAUGAUUGUGUUGUCGGCAAAACGUCUGAUGCGGAGGAUGAGCAGCAAGUUCCUAAAGGUCCUAUUCAUUCUCCUGCAGAAGUCAAGAAUAUCCAUGCAAAUAUCAAGGUUCCAGAAGGGAACUCUGCAUUGCCUCACAAACUCCGAAUUAAAGCAAAUGCUAUCAAAAUAAAAACAGAGUCAAUUGAUCAUGAUCCUGACCUCUCAGAUAAACCAGCUCUCCCCAUUGAUAUGUCAGCCAAGAGACAUCAGCUUGAGAACUGCAGCAAAAGAAAUCAUGUCCAUCAUUCUGUGACUCCAUUAUCUGUUCAAGUAACUAAUAUCCAUGCAUGGACUAAUGAGAUGAGUCAGUGGCAUCAGAAGGACCUUGACGAGAAAGUUCAGAGCAGUUACAGCAGUAAAGCUGUCAUUAGGGACAAUAUCUGCAAUACUUCAGAGGCAGAGAACUUGUAUUUAAAGCAGGGCAUUGCAAAUCUGUCUGCAGAAGUUGCUUCUCUUAAAAGACUUAUAAGCAAACAUCAGAUGAGUUGUUUUGAUGCCAACAAAAAUACUACUGAGAAAGACUUGCAAAUUGUGGAAUGUGAUUUGAAGUAAUGUUUUGCAUAGUGUUUGAUUCUCACUGGACUUGUACAGUCAUUUCACUGUAACACUUGUAUUGUGUCUUGAUGUGUUUUUUUGUGCAUAAGUAAUAAUAAGGAUGUUAGGCUUUGUUGCAGUUAUCCUGCAUUCUGUAGUGUUCAUGGCCUGACAGGGCUGUAUUAUGUAAAAUAUGUUCCAUUUCUUGUACAAAUUGUGUAAGUUUCCAGUUUCAAUAAAUUGUCGUCAUUGAGUCUUA